UGAAGAAAUUAGUGCGAGCCGUAACGACGAAAGGUAGACGAGAGAGAGAGUGAAGGCGUGAAAGAGAGAUGGGAAGAUCGCCGUGCUGUGACAAGAACAACGUGAAAAGAGGGCCAUGGUCGCCCGAAGAAGACGCCACUCUCAAGUCUUAUGUGGAGGCUUUUGGCACUGGCAACAACUGGAUUGCCUUGCCCAAGAAAGCUGGUCUCCGGCGAUGCGGCAAGAGUUGCCGGUUGCGAUGGCUCAAUUACCUGAGGCCUGGCGUCAAACAUGGCGGAUUUACAGAGGAGGAGGAUAGGAUCAUAUGCGAUAUCUACAGGGAAAUAGGAAGCAGGUGGUCGAUCAUAGCAUCUCAACUACCCGGACGAACAGACAACGACAUCAAGAAUUAUUGGAACACCAAGCUGAAGAAGAAGCAGCAUUUAUAUGAGAAGAUCAAUCCCACAAGUAACAGUGUCAAUUGUGCUCCUAGCACCAAAGUUGUUGCUACUCCUGAUGAUCAUGGCCUGGGACAACAAAUGUUGCCCGUGCCAGACAAAGUACAUUCGAACCAGAUUAACAACAUCGCAGCUUCGCAAUCUCUAGGCACGGCAGCGAUAUUUCCGACAUUCUACGAUGCUCAGUACGGAUCAUCGUUGUACUAUUGUAAUGCAGGGUCCAACGCAGCAUCUGAAAUUGGAGGUGGAAUGGCAAUGAGCAGCGGAAGCAAUGUUUCGUCGUCAGCAUCGUCGUCAUCCCAAGACUAUUAUUCGGGCAUCUUGAACAAUUCACCUUCUCUGGGAGUAGACAGCGAUUUCAUUUCGAUCACUGGUGACACUAAUAGUAUCAGAGAAUCUGGUCUAUUGACGGAUAACACGAUGAAUAAUUUGUGGGACGUCGUGAAUGAGCUAUUAUUCGACGAAGGGACUGGUGACGGAGAAUUGUCGACAGCCACCUUGUAUCCGAGUUUUGCUGAAUCAAAUGGUUACAGAGAUUUCAUCAUGCCAAAAGGCGUGAACCAGUAUAAUGCUUUGAUGAGCACACCUGAAGGAAGAGAACAACUAGAGAGUUGGAACCAGAUGUGGAGAGAUGGACAGUGA